AUGCUUCAGCGUUUUAUGGAAUACACGUACAUUAAUUUAAAGAAUAUCCACGGGUACAAGAGGGCGUAUGAACAGUACUCAGAGUUCCUUCGCCAACAAUAUCCUCAUUUAUCCAUAGUUGGUGGCAACUAUCCUCCUCCAUUAAUAAAUCAGUAUAUAGCAAGCUUUCUUAGUGUCAGCAAAAUGAUGCUGGUUUUAUUGAUCAUAUUUGGGGAAAGAAUUCAGCUUUUUGAAUCACUAAAUAUGCAGCCACCAGAUAUUUACCUUUGGACCCAGGAAAACAAGAUGUAUGCCAUUAUAUUGAUUUUCUUCCUGUCAAAUGCUGUUGAGGGACAGCUAACGUCAACAGGUGCUUUUGAAAUAGAGCUCAACGAGAUUCCAAUUUGGUCAAAAUUAGAAUCUGGUCGCCUACCCCACCAACAAGAACUUAUUCAAAUUAUUAAUCAGCAACUCCAAUUCAGGAGUUAAUGGAAUAGGAAAAGUGUGUAGAAUGCUUUGGCUACGGCAUAAGAUAUGUUGGUGAAUUCUGAAUGAUAAUGAAAGUUUAUGCCGAAACAAGCGUCAAGCUGGAGGCCUGAACUGGAUGCACCUCGUGACGAAUUUUCUGGAUUAACUACUGCCGUACUCACUUGCACUUAUAAUAAAUCAAAAGAAUCAAACUUUACUAUUAAUGUCAAAACUUAAUUUAUUUAUAAAAUGUAAACUAGACUUUUCGAUUAUUAUUUUAUUGGUUUUUCGUGAAA